AGCAGCCGUUAGCACCCAUACGUAGGCUGCACCGGUCCAGCACCACAUUGAAUGGAAAGCUUUGCCAGCACAUUCUCUUCGUAUGGAAAGCAGCAAGAUGACCCUCUUAAAUGGCAUUUCUACCAUAGCCUGCUGAUGGCAGAGAGUCGGCCAGAAUGCUGCAUCGUUUUUACACAGACGUUAAUCAUCCCAUCGGCCGAUAAACUUCAAGUUCUCCACUGCUGUUCCGAGUGAGCCAGCAAACGCAUGUCGCGAAUCAGGAGCACACUGGACAGUGUCACCAAGGCAGUAGGCAGCACUGACCUCAUCUCCAAGUUCUCCCGCCUAAAGCCUGGCAGCGCCGCAGUCGACAGCACCCAUGCGGAAAAGGUUCUGGUCAAAAACGAGACUUUAACCUCUGACAACACAGCUACGGCCUCGCCGGCUAAAACCACCAUGAAGGAAGAAGAAGACGGCGAGAGGAACACAGCGGAGGAAGAGUCACACAAGCUACGGCAGCAAGAUACAGAACAUCCUUUUGUCGCCACUAAGAAGUCCACAUCAGGUUUGGCCUCAGCAGCAAAUGCAUCUGCAUCAAGCUCUUCCUCGACUACGGCAAAACAAUCUAUGCCGCUAUUUCACCCAGCGGCUCUGUCUACCAACAUGGACGAGACCUACACAACGCUUGCUCAGCACAUCAAUAGUUACUUUGGCACCAGCACACAAGAGGAAGAAGGAGAAAACGGUCUUCCACAGCUGCAGCACAGAGAAGUGGGUAAUCCCGUUUCUGAGCCCACUCUGAGUGCUGUCGCUCGGACGAGGGACAGCAUUCCUACUAUGUCUUUAGUGGCAGAGGCUAAAAGUGUUGAAGCAACCACUACCUCUCCUCCUACUGCCUCUUCACCUCCUUCAAAAGAGCUCAGCUCUCCAGCAGGGAUGCCCUCCUCUGAUAUCCCUGUGACUGAAAGUGCAGCUCAGUCCAUCCCUGCGCCUGCCACCUCAUCCAAAAAAGGCUUCACCCAUUAUCUUUCCUACCCUCGGCCCAGCGUUCAAGCGUUUGUCGGCAGCUACAUCACACCCCUGGUCCCCAAAUUCAGAAGUAAUUCCAAAAGCAUUGCAGCUGAAAGAGACACGUCUUCAAGAGUUGCUGCGGAAGAGCCCACUGUGGACAAGGCGAGACAGAAAGCAGACAGUGAAGAGGAGAAAGCGGAUAAAGUGAAGCAACAACAACUGUUGACUCAGAGGGAGAAGAUAAUAGCCAGGGUGAGUGUAGACAACAGGACAAGAGCCCUGGUGAAAGGCCUGCAGAGAGUCACUGAUGUCAAGCUCCUCACCAGUCGAGUGGAGGAGCUCAGCUUUCACAUCCUGGAGUUCCCCGAGACGCGAGGUGUAGCUAUCAAGGAGAGUGUUCUGCCCUCCCUGCUGCGAUUGCGCCAGGCCAGAGACCUGCCUCUCCAGGCUGCUGUGAGGGAAGCACUGGCCCUGGUUGGCUACAAUGAACCAGUAAAAGGAAGAGGAAUUCGGGUCCUGGCCAUAGAUGGAGGCGGAACAAGGGGACUGCUGGCCCUCCAAACUCUCCAGAAACUGGAGAACAUGACUGGCAAACGAAUCCACCAGCUGUUUGACUACAUCUGUGGAGUCAGCACGGGUGCUAUUUUGGCCUUCAUGCUGGGAAUUUUUCAAAUCCCCUUAGAGGAGUGCGAGGAGAUGUACAGGAAGCUUGGCUCGGAUGUCUUCAAACAGAAUGUCAUCGUUGGAACCGUUAAGAUGGGCUGGAGCCAUGGUUUCUAUAACAGUGAAAUAUGGGAAAACAUCCUCAAGGAACGCUUGGGUGAGGGGCGUAUGAUUGAGAGUGCCAGGGACCCACACUGCCCUAAAGUGUCAGCAGUGAGCACCAUUGUGAACAGGGGUUUACCUCUGAAGGCCUACACGUUUAGGAACUACAGACUCAUGCCAGGAGUGAGAUCUCACUACAUUGGAGACUGCAACCACAAAAUGUGGCAGGCUAUCAGGGCCUCUUCUGCCGCCCCAGGCUACUUCCAGGAAUUUGUGCUUGGAAAAGACUUGCAUCAGGAUGGAGGACUCCUAAUCAACAACCCCACAGCUUUGGCCAUCCAUGAGUGCAAGUGUCUGUGGCCCAACACACCACUGCAGUGCGUGUUGUCUCUGGGCACGGGACGGUACGAGACGGCAGGCAACAACAGCACGACCUACACCAGCCUCAAGACCAAGCUCAGCCACGUCAUCAGCAGUGCCACGGAUACCGAGGAGGUGCACACCAUGCUGGACGCGCUCCUGCCGCCUGACACAUACUUCCGCUUCAACCCCUACAUGAGCGAGGACAUCCCGUUGAACGAGAGCCGCACGGAGAAGCUGAACUUCCUGAAGGUCGAGGGGGAGCGUUACCUGGAGCGCAACGAGGCCAAGCUGAGGAAGGCGGCUAGCGUGCUGAGCCAGGAGAAGAGCACCAUCCAGAGACUGGCCGAGUGGGCCAAGCUCAAGGCUAACAUGUACGAGGGCCUCCCCUUCGUCUCCAAGCUGUAGUUAUUGGCCUCACAACUGUUUGACCUCAAGUGAGUUUUUAAGGUAAGAAGACAUGGAGUGUAAAAAUUCCUAAGACAUUAAAGAUCAGGGGGCAAACUGGACACAUUUUUUGUUCACAUUUUGAUCAUCUAACUACAUUAAAAUGACCGUUUUAGAGAUGUAUAAUUAUGUUAAUUCAUCAAAAAGACAAAAGUAUACUGUAAAUAAUAGUGUGAAAUUACAUAUGUGAUGAAAUUUGUUUUUUGUGGGACAGAAUGUGUUUAGGAUGGAGACAGAAUGAUAUACUUUGAAAAGAAUUAAGCAAGUUUUGACACUGAUGAAAUCAGUGAAAUGGAUGUGUUCAUAAAUUUAUGAAUUUUAAGAUGGUUAAAAGUGUUGGCUGACUGAACGCACACUGACGGUAACAUGACACUGACACAUGACCGUAUUAUGAAAAACAAUGGAAAUAUAACUAGUUAUUUUGUAAAUAACAAUUAAAAAGAUUUUCAAUUUAAGUUACUUGAAUACAUUAAGAUGUAAUUGAUACAUGAUUGCACAGUGAGAAUAUAAACAUUCAACUUAUUUAUUAAGACCUCAUGCACUUUGUAAUUCUUAACCUUGAAAAUGUAAAUAAUAUUUGAAGUAAUUGUCGUUUAUUAGAGUGCUCUCCUUGCUAGAAUUUAAGAAUACCACUAAAGAAAUACUGAUGAUUCCUAAUGUCCCUUUGCUGUAUUGACACAUACGGACACUGAAAUCUGUUUCCAAUACUUAUGAUUAAGUGUCAGAACGCGAUUAUAGUUUCGCUCAUGAUACAAAGCAUGUUCUCCAUUUUGCUCCAUUAUUCAUUCAGACGCUUCUGCUUUUAACCUCAAGCCUGAAUUCCUCAGCCCUGGCUCUAGUUGUUGCACACUUUAUACAUUUGACACACUUUUUACAUUGUGAGAAUCCUAAUUGCCCUGAUUCCUCCCUGCUUUAUUCCUUGGUGGAAUCCAAAAAGAAAAAAAUGUCAAGAAAAAAUAAAG